CACCAAGCUUCCUUCGGCGCAAAGGUCAGCACACAGGACGGGCUGCUGGGCAUCGCUUGGCUGUGUGAGAUCGUCUCUGCAGAGGUAUGGGUCGGCUGGAUGGGAAGAUCAUAGUGCUGUCUGCAGCGGCGCAGGGGAUUGGGCGAGCAGCUGCUAUAGCUUUUGCUAAAGAAGGAGCCCGAGUCAUUGCUACAGACAUCAACGAGGCUAAGCUGCAAGAACUGCAGGUAUACCCAGGCAUCGAAAUACAGGUCCUGGAUGUCACCAAAAAGGAGCAGAUAGAAAAUCUGGCCAAAAAGAUUGAAAGGAUUGAUGUCCUCUGUAACAUUGCAGGGUUUGUCCAUCAUGGAACCAUCUUGGAGUGUGAAGAGCGGGACUGGAACUUCACUAUGAACCUCAAUGUUCGCAGCAUGUAUCUAAUGAUCAAGACAUUUCUUCCUAAGAUGCUUCAACAGAAAUCUGGAAAUAUUAUAAAUAUGUCUUCUGUGGCAUCCAGCAUUAAAGGAGUUGUGAACAGAUGUGUAUACAGUACUUCAAAGGCAGCAGUUAUUGGUCUGACAAAGUCUGUGGCUGCUGAUUUCAUCGAGCAAGGCAUCAGAUGUAACUGUGUGUGUCCUGGAACCGUUGACACACCGUCCUUACGGGAAAGGAUCAGAGCUCGCCCUAAUCCAGAAGAGGCAUUGAAAGACUUUCUAGACAGACAGAAGACAGGCAGGAUGGCAACUGCUGAAGAAGUGGCCCAUCUCUUUGUGUACUUGGCCUCUGAUGAAUCUGCCUACAUGACUGGAAAUGAAGUAAUCAUUGAUGGAGGAUGGAGCCUGUGACUGACCCUCCCUGCAAAUGGAAAUUUAUACCAUGAAAGGCAAAAAAAUGUGGAUUGUGUUUCUUAGUUAAGAUAGCUUUCCAUGAUUUAGAUCACGCACAUGUCAUCUGUAAAGCCAAAUCUGGUGCACUUUUACUGCUGUAUGAUCUUACUGAUUGUCUUUUCCCUAGAUGGUGAACCACAAGAAUGAAAUACAAUUUGUGUGGCUUCAGUUUAUGGUAAAUCAAAAAACAUGAAAGAAUAGCAAGUUAACAUUUAAGAUGUCAGAAGACAAAGAAUAUUACUUAAGGUACAAAAUCUGAGUUGUGUUUUAAGCAAAUAUGAGUGAAAUGAACUAAAUGCUACUCCUGUUCUUAUCCUGUAAAUGAUUUGGUAGCUAAACAUUCAUAAUUAGACUUCUUAAUAGCGUUGACAGACUAUCCAGAGAAAAUGGAGUGGCUACCAUUAAAUCAGUCAAAAACUGAUCCUGAACUAAGUGUGGUUUAAAUAGAAGAAAGCAGAAAUAAUAUCAGAUUUGAAGAUUUGGACCAUUUGAAAUCAUUUUGUUACCAUUAAUAAAGGUUUCUACAUUAGAGAGCA